AUUAGGACCUGCUGACGAAAUUGUUUAGUGCGUAAUUGUCAAGUGAAAGUUUUUUAUGGCUUUUCUUCGGUUAAAAAGUAGUUAAACUAUUGAGAAACUCGCAGCUAAUUGCCCGCUUAUACCAAAAGUGCACAAUGAUUGACGCGGCUUGCGCGGAACGGGGAAGCCCCAAGUUUAUUGCCCUCUUCGAUGACAAUCUGAAACUGGGCCACGAGCACGAGGAUAACCAGCAACGAGAGCCAGUGGUGAAUGGACAUGUACCCGCCGACCUGCAGCCAGCCUAUGGCUCCUUGUUCGCCGCCUGCCAGGACCACGCCGCCUUCUUCGCCAAGGACCACACCGAGUUCGGCCAGCGCCUGCAUGCCGCCCACAUUGCCUGGCAGGACUUCAUUGUCCAGGCCAACCGGCUGGUCCUGCAGAUCGAGGCUUUCGCCCACGAGUACGACUUCGACGAGCGGACGCCGGGCAACGGGUACCGGAGCUUCAUGUACGUGACCAACGCCUGCAUCACACACGGCAUGGGCAUCUGCCGGCAGCUGAUGGCCACCCGAUCCACCAUGUUCUUCCGGAGGAAGUUCUACAUGAAGGAGGUGGAGGCCUGCUCGCAGCUGCUGUCCUCGCUGUGCACCUGCCUGCAGUACCUGCUCAUCCUGCGCCAGUGGUCGGCCAGCACGGGCGAUCUGUUCGCCUGCGGCAACCACACGGCCGAGCAGCUCUUCGAGCUGGGCGACACCAUCAACCAGUAUUGCUUUUACGGCCGCUGUUUGGGCUUCCAGUACGGCGACUCGAUACGCGGCGUCCUCCGCUUCCUGGGCAUCAGCAUGGCCAGCUACUCGGAGUCCUACUACUCGCAGGAGGGCGAUGGCGCCAUCGUGAAGACCACCCGCAGUCUGUGGACCAGUGGCAAGUACCUAAUGAAUCCGGAACUGAGGGCCCGCCGCAUCGUGAACAUCUCGCAAAAUGCCAAGAUCGACUUCUGCAAGUCCUUCUGGUUCCUGGCCGAGUCCGAGCUGAUGCACAAGCUGCCCAGCAUUGUGGGCACUUCCAUACGAGUCAACCGGCUGAUCGAGCUGCCAGCCGAACCGCUAAAGUUGCCGCCACGAAAGAACUUUAAGGCGCCGCAGAAGCCCAGCAGCGAUGUCAACCAGAACCAGGGCGACGAUGGCGACUUCGUGGAGAUUCCCGUGCCCACGGCCCACCUGGGACCUGGUCUGCCCGUAUCGGUGCGCCUGCUGAGCGCCAAGCGGCGAACGGGCAUGCUCGGUGAGGGUCGCUACCGCGGCUGGCACAAGCCCACACCGCCCAGUCCCGCGAUCCUGUUCCACUGCCAUGGCGGCGGCUUUGUGGCCCAAUCCUCGAAGUCCCACGAACUGUAUCUGCGCGACUGGGCCGUGGCCCUCGACUGUCCCAUUCUCUCGGUGGACUACAGCCUGGCGCCGGAGGCUCCGUUCCCGCGUGCCCUGCAGGAGGUGUACUACGCCUACUGCUGGCUGCUGGACAACACCGAACUGCUGGGCACAACGGCUGAGCGGAUCGUGUGCGCCGGCGACUCGGCCGGGGCGAAUCUGUCCAUCGGAGUGGCCCUCAAGUGCAUCGAGCAGGGAGUUCGGGUCCCUGACGGCCUCUUCCUGGCCUACUGUCCCACUCUCGUCAGCUUUGUGCCCAGUCCUGCCCGCCUUCUCUGCCUGAUGGAUCCACUGUUGCCGUUCGGCUUCAUGAUGCGUUGCCUUCGUGCCUAUGCGGCGCCAGCCCAGGAGACGCUGCAGCAGAAUGCCCGGCAUGUGGAGGAUGCCGCCCAGAUACGCAAUGCCCCGAAGUCGAGUGCGGGCAGCUUGAACUCCAGUCGCCGCACCUCGGUGGCCAGAAGUCCGCUGACGCCGCUGGAGGCCAGCAGCGAGCACGAUGACGAGAGCAGCGACACCUUUGCCAGCGCCUCGGCCUCCUACCACAGCCAGACGGUGGAGCGAACCGAUCUGCCCAACAGCGAGGGCGACAACAGCUCGUGCGUCUCCUUCGAGGACGACUCGCAGCCCAUUGUCCACUAUCCGGUGGAGAUAUCCGCCGACCCACCUAAGGACGCCGCCUCGGCGGCCUACAUUGACAACUUUCUGGACAAGUACCUCAUCGAUACCGCCACCGUGGAGGUGACCGAGGAGACAGCCGCCGAGGCAGCCCAGGUGCAGGCCAAUGGACAUGCCAAGAUCAGUUCGGAUGGCGAUAUUCUGGUGGAGACGGGUCGGGAUCUCGUUGCGAUGGACACUCUGCAGGGACGGCUGCAGGAAGCGGUGAACAACAUCACCAGCACCCUGACCCGCUGCACCCAAUCCUACGAGAUCCAUGGCAGCAAUGCGGACCACCAGGAUGUGCGCAACAUGGACGCACUGAUAGCCAGGAGCCCCAGCGAGGAGUUUGCAUUCGAUGUGCCUAGGGAUCCGUUUCUAUCGCCCUACUGGGCCAGCGAUGAAUGGCUAUCCCAGCUGCCGGAGACCAAAAUACUUACCCUGAAUAUGGAUCCCUGUUUGGAUGACUGCGUCAUGUUUGCCAAAAAGCUGAAACGCCUUGGUAGGCAAGUAAACUUGGAGAUAUUGGAGGGGCUUCCGCACGGAUUUCUUAAUUUCACCAUGCUAUCCAACGAAGCCAUGGAAGGAUCCAAGCACUGCAUAAAGUCUCUACAGACGUUGCUUCAGAUAGAUCCGAAGCACAAGACCAAUGACAAAGGCAGCUCACUGGACGACGAGGAGUCCUCCAGUCCCAGUGCAAGUCUGGCUGCUUCCUAGGAUGAGUUUCAAUCGGUCUAUGUGCCUAUAGGACUGGAGAACCAAACAACCGACGACGAGGAACAAUAAAACACCGAUGGUAAAUUGUGAGUGACAAUGGGGUUUCAGAAUCACUGUAAAAUAUUGUCACCUGCAUCGGAUUUCUCCUUUCACAUGGGCGUGUAAACCGAAAUUUUGUUAUGCGCAGGAACGAAUUGCUGUUCAUUGUUAUACGCACUUUUCUUGCUUUUUAAUUACUUUGUAAUCUCAAACAUUUUUUAUACACUUUUAUAUGACACGG